AAAAAAAAAAAAAAGGGACGGCUAUGACGUAGUAGCAAGGGGCGCGAGCUAGCUUGUUAGCUAGCUAGCUGCUAACUCUUCUCUUUGCCUUGGCAGAUUACCCACAGCACCCCCACCCCAAAAAAACAACAACAACAAAAAAAACCCAAUACUGCCACAAUGACGACGACCACAAGCCCCAAAGCGCGCGGCAUCGUCCGGGAAGCCAGCCACCAGAUUAUCGCCGGCGGUUCUGCAGGAGUCACUGAGGGUAUAAGGGUUACACACGGCUGACUGACGCGGGUUCGAUUCCCAGCUCGGCGGCGGUGUUAUUAUCUUCCCUGCGGCUGACUGACUGGCGACCAGUUCAGGUCUGGUGGAGAUCUGCCUGAUGCAUCCUCUGGACGUGGUGAAGACGAGGUUCCAGAUCCAGAGGGGAACCAGCGACCCCAACAGCUACAAGAGCCUGGGCGACUGCUUUCGCACCAUUUUCCGCAGUGAAGGAAUCUUCGGCUUCUACAAGGGAAUUUUGCCGCCCAUCCUGGCCGAGACGCCCAAGAGGGCCGUCAAGUUUUUCACCUUUGAGCAGUACAAGAAGCUCCUGAAUUUGACCCCUUUGUCCCCGGGCCUGGCGCUGUCGGCGGCAGGACUCGGCGCCGGCUUGACCGAGGCCGUCGUGGUCAACCCGUUCGAGGUGGUCAAAGUCAGUCUCCAGGCCAACAGGGACGCCUUCAAACAGCAACCGUCCUCCUUCGCGCAGGCGAGACACAUCAUCAGGACGGACGGCUUCGGACUGAAGGGUCUGAACAAGGGGCUGACGUCCACCCUGGGACGCCACGGAGUCUUCAACAUGAUCUACUUCGGGUUCUACUUCAACGUCAAGGACGCCAUCCCCGCCAGCCCGGACCCCACCCUGGAGUUCCUGAGGAAGUUCGCCAUCGGCCUGGUGUCCGGAACCAUCUCCUCCUGUGUCAACAUCCCCUGGGACGUGGCCAAGAGUCGCAUCCAGGGCCCGCAGCCGGUACCCGGCGAGAUCAAGUAUCGUACCUGCGUCCAGACCAUGGCGCUGGUUUACCGCGAGGAAGGGUACUUGGCACUCUACAAGGGCUUGGUGCCAAAGAUAAUGAGACUCGGGCCAGGUGGCGCUGUGAUGCUGCUGGUCUACGAGUACGUCUCCGGAUGGCUCCAGAGGAACUGGUAAAGACUGCCAACCACAAAAACAAAACAAAACCAAAAAGAAAAAGUGCCUUUAGGGAAUUAUUUCCCUAAUACCUCGAAUAGAAAGGUAUCUUUCUUUUUAUGAAGUGUAUUCAAAUGCAAUGACACAAAUGCAGUUUUUCAGGUCCACUUGUUUUUUUUUUUUGUUUGUUUUUUUUAAACCGGAAUCGUUACUUGCUCGGCACCGUACAGUGUUUUUUUUAAAUCUUUUUCUAAGGUCCUCUGAAGCUUUAUUUCAAGAACUCUGCAGAUAGGCGUGGGCGUUGACUUCCCAAUGAAAAACCUCAAAGGGAAACAGCCAUAACUUGUAUACAGUAUGUACUGUACGUAUCUAUAUUUGCACUGAGAGCCAUAGAAUGUUAGGACACAUUUGGGACCUAUUAAAAAAAUCUCGUUUAGCUUUUUUAAAGUAAACAUCCAAACUCUGCAAGUCUUUGCAGUUAUGUAAAUGCAUUUAUAGAUAUGAGCACAAUAUAGCUUUUUCGCUGUUGCAUGAUUGAUUUUUAAUGUGCCAAAUAUAAAUUGGCUAAAUUGUAUUCAUUGUCUCCCCCCCCCAAUAAAACUGACAUGUAGCUGCGUCUAUUGCCAAAGAAUUAAAAAGAAAUCUACUUUUGAUCACUUA